GGACUCCUGAGGAUUACCCACGAUUUUUUCAUAUGCAUCCAAGGACUGCAGAACUUAGUCUCCUGGAGCCAGUAAAUAGAGACUUUCACCAGAAGUUUGAUUUGGUUAUUAAGGCUGAACAGGACAAUGGUCAUCCUCUUCCUGCUUUUGCCAGUCUGCAUAUUGAAAUACUGGAUGUAAACAAUCAGAGCCCAUAUUUCACAAUGCCCAGUUAUCAAGGCUAUAUUCUGGAAUCUGCCCCAGUGGGAGCAACUAUUUCUGACAGUGUGAAUUUGACCACCCCUCUAAGAAUUGUAGUUCUGGACAAGGAUGUAGAAGAUGUUCCACCUGGUGGAGUUCCUACGAAAGACCCAGAGCUUCACCUUUUUCUGAAUGAUUACACUUCAGUCUUCACUGUCACGCAGACUGGAAUCACUCGCUACCUCACCUUACUUCAACCAGUGGACAGGGAAGAACAGCAAACUUACAUCUUUUCGAUAACGGCAUUUGAUGGUGUUCAAGAAAGUGAGCCAGUUACUGUCAAUAUUCGGGUGAUGGAUGCAAACGAUAACACUCCAACCUUCCCUGAAAUAUCCUAUGAUGUCUAUGUUUAUACAGAUAUGAACCCUGGGGACAGUGUCAUACAGCUCACUGCAGUCGACGCAGACGAAGGGUCAAACGGGGAGAUCACAUAUGAAAUACUGGUUGGGGCUCAGGGAGACUUCAUCAUCAAUAAAACAACAGGGCUUAUCACCAUCGCUCCAGGGGUGGAAUUGAUAGUUGGGCGGACUUAUGCACUUACCAUCCAAGCAGCGGAUAAUGCUCCUCCAGCAGAGAGAAGGCACUCCAUCUGCACUGUGUACAUUGAAGUGCUUCCUCCAAAUAAUCAAAGCCCUCCUCGCUUCCCGCAGCUGAUGUAUAGCCUUGAAAUCAGUGAGGCCAUGAGGGUCGGCGCUGUUUUAUUAAAUCUACAGGCAACUGAUCGAGAGGGAGAUCCAAUAACAUAUGCCAUUGAGAAUGGAGAUCCACAGCGAGUUUUUAAUCUUUCAGAAACUACUGGGAUUCUAACCUUAGGGAAAGCACUGGACAGGGAAAGCACUGAUCGCUACAUUCUGAUCGUCACUGCUAAUGAUGGCAGGCCAGAUGGGACCUCAACUGCCACGGUAAAUGUGGUGGUGACAGAUGUCAAUGACAAUGCUCCAGUGUUUGAUCCCUAUCUGCUCAGAAAUCUGUCAGUGGUGGAAGAAGAAGCCAAUGCGUUUGUGGGUCAAGUAUGGGCAACAGACGCUGAUGCUGGAAUAAAUGGCCAAGUACACUACAGUUUGGGUAACUUCAAUAAUCUUUUUCGUAUCACAUCCAAUGGGAGUAUUUACACAAGAGUGAAGCUUAACAGAGAAGUCAGGGACUACUAUGAACUUGUUGUUGUGGCAACUGAUGGAGCGGUACACCCUCGUCAUUCAACUCUAACACUGGCCAUCAGGGUUUUGGAUAUUGAUGAUAAUAGUCCUGUGUUCACCAAUUCAACAUAUACUGUUGUCGUUGAAGAGAAUCUGCCAGCCGGGACCAGUUUCCUUCAAGUAGAGGCCAAAGAUGUUGACCUUGGAGCUAAUGUAUCUUAUCGGAUAAGAAGUCCAGAAGUGAAGCACAUUUUUGCACUACAUCCAUUUACAGGAGAACUCUCCCUUUUAAGGAGUUUGGACUAUGAGGCAUUUCCAGACCAGGAAGCAAGUAUCACUUUUCUAGUGGAGGCCUUUGAUAUUUAUGGAACAAUGCCACCUGGUAUUGCUACUGUCACAGUGAUAGUAAAGGAUAUGAAUGAUUAUCCUCCAGUAUUUAGUAAACGGAUCUACAAAGGGAUAGUGGCUCCAGAUGCCGUCAAGGGUACACCUAUCACAACCGUUUAUGCUGAAGAUGCAGACCCUCCUGGAUUACCUGCAAGUCGUGUGAGAUAUAGAGUAGAUGAUGUCCAGUUUCCUUAUCCUGCCAGUAUUUUUGAUGUAGAAGAAGAUUCUGGAAGAGUAAUAACUCGAGUUAAUCUUAAUGAAGAACCUACAACAAUUUUUAAGUUGGUGGUUGUUGCUUUUGAUGAUGGUGAGCCUGUGAUGUCCAGCAGUGCCACUGUGAAAAUUCUUGUCUUACAUCCUGGAGAAAUCCCACGCUUCACACAAGAGGAAUACAGACCGCCUCCAGUAAGUGAACUUGCAACCAGAGGGACUAUGGUUGGUGUAAUUUCUGCUGCAGCCAUCAAUCAGAGUAUUGUGUACUCCAUUGUUGCAGGAAAUGAAGAGGAUAAGUUUGGAAUUAAUAACAUCACGGGUGUAAUCUAUGUGAAUGCCCCUCUGGAUUAUGAGACAAGGACAAGCUAUGUACUUCGAGUCCAAGCUGAUUCCCUGGAAGUAGUCCUUGCCAACCUACGUGUUCCUUCAAAAAGCAAUACAGCUAAAGUGUAUAUUGAGAUUCAGGAUGAAAAUGAUCAUCCCCCAGUGUUUCAGAAAAAAUUCUACAUUGGAGGUGUAUCUGAAGAUGCAAGAAUGUUUGCUUCUGUGCUCAGAGUUAAGGCUACUGAUAAAGAUACCGGCAAUUAUAGUGCCAUGGCAUACAGACUCAUAAUACCACCAAUUAAAGAGGGAAAAGAAGGAUUCGUGGUGGAAACAUACACAGGACUUAUCAAAACGGCUAUGUUGUUCCAUAAUAUGAGGAGGUCUUACUUCAAGUUUCAAGUCAUUGCAACUGACGACUAUGGGAAGGGCCUAAGUGGCAAAGCAGAUGUUCUUGUCUCUGUGGUCAAUCAGCUGGAUAUGCAAGUCAUUGUUUCUAAUGUACCCCCUACUCUAGUGGAAAGAAAGAUAGAAGAUCUUACAGAGAUUUUGGAUCGCUAUGUUCAGGAGCAAAUUCCUGGUGCCAAGGUUGUGGUAGAGAACGUUGGAGCUCGCCGGCAUGGCGAUGCCUUUUCUCUAGAAGAUUACACAAAGUGUGACUUGACUGUCUAUGCAAUCGACCCCCAAACCAACAGAGCCAUCGACAGAAAUGAGCUUUUUAAAUUUUUAGAUGGCAAACUUCUCGAUAUCAAUAAAGACUUUCAGCCGUAUUACGGGGAAGGAGGACGCAUUCUGGAGAUCCGGACUCCAGAGGCAGUAACCAGCAUUAAGAAGCGAGGAGAAAGUCUAGGCUACACAGAAGGGGCCUUGCUGGCUCUGGCCUUCAUCAUCAUCCUCUGCUGUAUUCCUGCCAUCUUGGUGGUUUUGGUCAGCUACAGACAGUUUAAAGUGCGCCAAGCUGAGUGCACCAAGACAGCCCGAAUACAAUCCGCCCUACCUGCAGCGAAACCCGCAGCACCUGCCCCUGCACCAGUGGCCGCGCCCCCACCGCCCCCGCCACCCCCGCCGCCUCCAGGGGCGCAUCUCUAUGAAGAAGUGGGGGACAGCACGAUGCAUAAGUAUGAAAUGCCUCAAUAUGGAAGUCGCCGUCGUUUGUUACCACCAACUGGACAAGAGGAAUAUGGUGAGGUGGUUGGCGAAGCUGAGGAGGAAUAUGAGGAGGAGGAGGAAAAGGCAAAGAAAGUUAAACCAAAAGUUGAAAUUAGAGAGCCUAGUGAGGAGGAAGUAGUUGUCACUAUUGAAAAGCCACCAGCAGCUGAGCCAACAUAUACGACGUGGAAGAGAGCCAGGAUAUUCCCCAUGAUUUUUAAGAAAGUUAGAGGACUAGCUGAUAGAAGAGGCAUCAUUGACCUUGAAGAUGAAGAGUGGCAGAGACGCCUUGAGGCAGAAGAUAAAGAUUAUUUGAAACUAACACUGGACCAAGAGGAAGCUACAGAAAGCACGGUAGAGUCAGAGGAGGAAUCCUCAAGCGACUAUACUGAAUACAGUGAAGAGGAAUCCGAGUUCAGCGAGUCUGAGACGACAGAAGAGUCUGAGACAGAGACACCCUCUGAGGAGGAAGAAAGUUCUACCCCUGAAUCAGAAGAAUCGGAAUCCACGGAGUCAGAAGGAGAAAAGGCAAGGAAGAACAUUUUUCUUGCAAGAAGAAGGCCCAUUGCUGAAGAGGUCCAGAAAGUCAAAGAUAGAAAAGAGGAGCUACCUGAAGAGCCAGAAGAACGGAACGUGGAAGAAGAGGAGGAACGCCCAGCAGAAGAACAGGAAAGUGAGCUGGCCCCUGUGGAAGAGCCCAUGGACCUCGAAUCUCAAGACAUCACUGAGGAGGGCAGUGCAGAAUCAGCUUCAGUGGAAGGAGGUGUGGAAAGUGAGGAGGAGUCAGAAUCGGGUAUGAGUAGCAGUAGUAGUGAAAGUCAGUCUGGAGGUCCCUGGGGCUUUCAGGUGCCAGAGUAUGACCCAAGCAAGCAGGCAAACCAAAAGAAGCCUCCAGGAGCAAGCUCAGAAGGUUACAACACAGCACUUUAA